UGAAACUGAAAAAAAAAAAAGCCCAUUGUUAUUUCUGAAUGUAGGUUCUGAGUUUAAUGUUGCAGUUUAUUUAUUCAGUUCUCUUAUAUCUGUGUUGAUUCUGGUUGUCAACACCAGUUUUACAGGGCCUACACUGACAGAGUUUGAUGUGAUGCAGCAAAGCCUUCUUUAUAUUAAUUUAGACAGGAUCUUCCCAGAAAAAAGACCUGCGCAAUUUGAGUGCUGACACAUGCACUUUUAAGAUCUCAGGGACUGAAGUUGGAGGACAUAAGACAGGAAACAGACUUCAGAUAGAAAGAAGAGAUGCAGAAUCAGUGUGCUGUAAAUGUGACAACAGAGCAGUGCUGUGGGGAGCACAGAAAGAGACUGGAGCUGUUUUGCCAGGAGGAUGAGGCCUUUAUUUGUGUCCUUUGUGUUCCCAGACAUUCCAGCCAUAGUUUUCUGUUCCUGCAUGAGGCACCAUAUGUGUAUAAGGACAAGCUAAAAACAGCCUUAUCAUCCCUGGAACUAAAAGUCGGACAUCUUAAAGGUCAGCAGAAGACAAAUGAGAAGGAACUCCUGAACAUACAUGAUGAUGCUUAUAGUUUGGAACAAUACAUUGCGCAAGAGUUUACAAAACUGCACGUGUUACUACAUGACUGGGAACAAAAAUUACUCCAACAGCUUAAAUAUAACAAAGUGUCAGUUCUGAAACAGAAGGAAGAAAACCUUGAAUGUACAAAACAUGAUGCUGUGGUCACCAAUGUGAAAGCACCCAAUGGCAGCUUGGAGUUCAGGAAGGAAAUAACACUGACUGUGGAAGAGAUGGGAGAAAAUGCUGAAAACAUUAAAAAUGAUGUUCCUGCAAAAUGUAAAGCAUUGUAUGAUAAGUCGGAGACUAGAAAACAGGAAACUGUUGGUUUUCUAACUGAUGAUGCUUAUAGUUUGGAACAAUACAUUACACGAGAGUUUACAAAACUGCAUGUGUUACUACAUGACUGGGAGCAAAAAUUAGUCCAACAGCUUAAAAAUAAAGUGGUGGCUCUUAAACAGAUGGAAGAAAACCUUGAAUGUACAAAACAUGAUGCUGUGGUCACCAAUGUGAAAGUACCCAACGGCAGCUUGGAGUUCAGGAAGGAAAUAACACUGACUGUGGAAGAGAUGAAAGAAAAUGCUGAAAACAUUAAACAUGAUGUUACUGCAACAUGUAAAUCAUUGUGUGAUAAGUCUGAGACUCGAAAACAGGAAACAGUUCAUUUUCUAACUGCUCCAGAAACCUUUGAGGAUGUUGCUGUCAUUUCUCAGAAGAAGAGUGGAAGAUGUUAAGAAAACAAGACAAGGAGCUUCACAGAGAAGUGAUGGUACAGAACUAUGAAACCCUGAUUUCAGUAGGAUACAAAAUCCCUCCUGAUAAAUUGUUGUUGCUGCUUAAAGAUGCUCAUGAUAAACUGUUAAAUGAUGACGUAGAGGGUAACGACACAGAACAGAAGGAGAAUCCUGAAGAUAAGCUCA